AUGCAGGACAGUUCGUUCUUGAAUGCCUUCGAUAUAAUAUCGCAUUUUUCCGGUUUUGAUCUGUCCGGUCUGUUCAGUAACAAUGGUAUUCAUAUCAUUAGUGAAAUGUACAUAUCAGCUGAGUAUCCAAGGAAAAUAAUUGAGAAAAUUGAGGAGGUGGCUAAAGAGGAAGGCAUGAAGGUGACGAAGAAGGAAAAGGGGAUUAGACUUCUGGGGAAUUUCCUCGUGAUGGUGGAGAUUAACCGGUUAACGGAAGAACUGGUGAUGGUGGAGGUGAAAAGACGUGGACUUGGUCGUGAUAUAUGGAAGGAGAAAUUCAAACCACAGCUGAGUGCUUUGAUUUAUCAGUCGGAGAGGCAGGUUCGCCGGUGA